AUGGCGCCGCCUCAGCCGGUGCGGGUCCUACGUUGCUGCAGCUGCCGUCUCUUCCAGGCGCACCAGGUGAAAAAGAGUCUCAAGUGGACAUGUAAAGCUUGUGGAGAGAAGCAGUCCUUUUUGCGGGCUUAUGGUGAGGGUUCUGGUGCUGACUGUAGACGCCAUGUCCAAAAAUUAAAUCUGCUACAGGGUCAAGUUUCAGAGAUGUUACUCAGCUCUCUGGAAGAACCUGUCAAUGCCAGUAAAGAAGAAAGUGCAGGUCAUCAGACUGAUGGCAUGAAUCUGCAGGAAAAAUCGUGGCCCAGAGAGAGCCGUUGGCUGAAGUAUCUGGAAAAGAGCUCCAAAGAAUUAGAGCUGGAAGGAGAAGUGUGUUUCAAUGGACAGCCCUCAUCCAUAUCAGAGAAGUCAAGCCCUCCCUUCAAUGACAACCUCCCUAAAAAAAGAAUCUGGAAGAAGAAUACAGAGAAACUGGCCCUUACAGAGGCGCUGCUGUUCUAUGUUAGCUCAACACAACUAUGA